AUGAAAGUGGCAAAGUUUCCAUGGUUGGCUCACCGUGAAGAAUCGCGAAAGUAUGAAAUAUAUACAGUUGAUGUUAGCCCUGAUGGGAAGAGGCUAGCCACUGGCGGCUUAGAUGGCAAGAUUAGGAUAUGGUCUAUAGAUUCCAUUUUGCGUUGCAUGGAACUGGAAGCUGUAACUCCUGAGAUACCCGUCCCACAAGAUUUGCAAAUGCCGUUAUGCAGUAUGAGUAGGCAUACCGGCUCAAUAACAUGUGUCAAGUUCUCACCGGAUGGAAAAUACCUCGCAAGUGGAUCUGAUGAUCGGAUCUUGCUGAUAUGGGCUCUUGACGAAGAGCAAGGCUCACAACCCGCCUUUGGUUCUGAGCAUGAGAAGGAACAUUGGACAGUUCGUAAAAGAUUGGUUGCACAUGAUAAUGACAUACAAGAUAUUUGUUGGGCACCAGACUCAAGCAUAUUGGUGACAGUUGGUUUGGAUAGAUCUGUCAUAGUCUGGAACGGUUCUACUUUUGAAAAAUUGAAGAGAUUUGACGUACAUCAAUCGCUUGUUAAAGGCGUUGUUUUUGAUCCUGCCAAUAAGUACUUUGCAACAACAUCUGAUGAUAGAACCAUGAAGAUAUUUAGAUAUCAUAAGACUGGAGAUGUUUCUUUUACAAUAGAGCAAAUAAUUACCGAGCCAUUUAAAGAAUCACCCUUGACCACAUAUUUUAGAAGGCCAUCAUGGUCUCCCGAUGGGCAACAUAUUGCAGUUCCUAACGCUACUAAUGGGCCCGUAAGUUCCGUGGCGAUUGUAAAUAGAGGAACUUGGGAUACAAAUGUUAGUUUAAUUGGUCACGAUGCGCCUACAGAAGUUGCAAGGUUUAAUCCCAGAUUGUUUGAAAGGAAUGACGGUACCAAGCAGAGAAAAGGUAAAGGCCAAGAGGAUUCGCUAGUAGAGCAAAACGAUGAUACUGUUCGCCAAUUUGAUAAGAACAUCGACUCUGUUGUGGCAACGGCUGGGCAAGAUAAAUCUUUGGCAGUUUGGAGUACCAGCAGGCCAAGGCCGAUAUUAGUUGCUUUCGAUAUCGCAAAUAAAUCGAUUACUGAUAUGUCUUGGAAUCCGGAUGGCUCUUUAUUAUUUGUUGCCUCAUUAGACUCUUCAAUCACCCUAUUCAAAUUCGGAACUAAUGAACUAGGUAGGCCAAUUCCUUUGGAAAAAAAUAUGGAGCAGUUGUAUAGAUACGGUGUCGAUAAGGAUUCAUUGGAUUUCCCUGAAAGUGUCAAUCAACUAUUACUCGAAGAUCAGACGAAAUCAUUCAAGCAUACAAAACUUUCAACGUCGAAACCAAGUGAGAACCCCCCAAUACUCGCAACAAGUUCAACUUUAAAUCAAAAAAAUAACAAUGAUGCUUCUGCUUCUAGAGGUGAACAUAUAAAUAUCUUGAUUCCAAAAAGGAAAAAGGACGCUAAACUGAAUAAAGCCGUAACUCUUAAAAGCGGUAAGAAACGUGUGGCCCCGACAUUAAUAUCGACUUCAUCAUCUUCUCCUUUUCCUAAUGCAAUCAAAAAGGCUACAUUGGAUAGUAGGAAGAUUGAAAAUAAUGUAAAAGCGUCCACCAAAACUAUAAACAGUAAAAAUCCAUUGUUAAAUGUGCCAGCGGGCAUCGAAAAGAAAAUCAGUGUCUCAUCGUUCCCAUUACCAAGACUAGGUAUACAUUCUUUGAUUAUGGGUACAAAAGAAAGGAGUCAAUGGAAACUCUCGAACUCAGAGGUAGAGAAUGAUGGCCCAGAUAAUGCGAUUGGCAAGAGUACAGAUGGUGCGAACGACAGUAUUGACGAGAUUGCAGUUCUCUCAGAAGAAGAAAACGACUUUCACAGGAUGACUUUGAACGCCAAGUUAACCCAGGAGAAAAUUUGGAGCGAAGAGCCGACAACACGGUACCUUUUACAGUCUGAUGUCAUUCCAGACACAGAUGUUGUUGUUCUUGAGGGGGGUAGUUUAGACGACAUAGCCGUUUUAGAAAUAAGAAAUGGUGUUGAGAGGUCAAUACAAUUUGAUUCUGAAGCACUUCUAGAUAAUCCUACUAGAAUAUUAGGCUACCAAGGAGGUAAAAGAACCAUCGAGACCUUUAUUCCAGAAGUUAUCAUUUGUGCCAUAGGAUCAAAAGAUUGUAAAUGUUGGUGUCUAGCUUCAGCUAAUGGCUGUAUUUAUAUAUUGUCGUACAAUGGACAGCAGAAAAUGCCAAAAAUUAGCCUAGGACACAAGGUUAUCAAGAUGGUAACAUCAAGUAAAUAUCUCGUUGUUCUUACUGAAAGAGGUUUAUUUUUUGCAUGGGACUUGCUAGAUUUAAAAUUAGUACUGCGGAAUGUACCUAUCUUACCAAUCUUGAAUGGUCAACCAACUCAUGGAAACAAGGUACGAAUUAACAAAGUCAUUAAGUGCUUUCGUUUGGACGGUUCCAAUUGUGAUUUGUUUUUAGAGGUUGGCGAUCCUAAAAGUGUGUAUAAAUGGACUAAAAACCUCGGUUGUUGGUCUUUAUAUAAAUAG